AGAAAAAUUAAAAAAGAAAUUUCUCUUUCCUCAGCCAUACGUUACGUGAAAAUUGAGGCACAAAUGAAAUCAAAGGAAAAUUACUAUGCCCCCCUUCUUUUUUCUUACAAAAAAGAAAAGGCAAAAAGAAACAAAAUGUGAUAGUCUCAGCCGUUCAGGAAAAUCCGCAACCAGGAAAUUUGGGAAUUCACCUCUGAGAAAACGAUGAGUCUGAUGAGCGGCAGCCAAGCUCCGGGCGGAGGAGGGGCGGUGGCGGCAGCAGUAUCAUGUACUCAUCGAUGUUCCCUUAAAUUCAUAAACCCAAUUCCUCCCUUAUUCUCCAGCCACCGAAGGCCACCCAAAUUUCAAUCCACUUCUAUCAGUAACAAUGUCCACAAGCCACUCACUGUGGCCAAUGCCGAACCCACCAGCCAGACCACUAGUACGAGCUCCCCGAGUGGCGCCAAUUCAUCCGGACCUAAUUUAAACAACAGUCCUCCAAUCACUUUAAAGGGUCAAGGAGAUGUUCCACUUGAAGGUGUUAUUCAGUUUGAAAAGCCGUCUUCUUCCACUGCUGCUCUCAUUUCCAAAUGGGGGCGGGUGGCGUUGCUGUCUGGUGGAGAUGUAUUGGCACUGAUCUUGUUCUCUGCAAUUGGAAGAUUUAGUCACGGCUUUGUUGUUUUUGACUUAGAAACGUUGAAAACUGCGGACCCUUUUAUUGCUGGUUGGUUUUUGGGUGCUUAUUUUCUUGGAGGAUUUGGGAAAGAUGGUCGAGGUAUGAAUGGCCGGAACAAAGCCAUUACAGCUGCUGCCAAGUCAUGGGCUUUAGGCAUACCAUUGGGAAUUAUAAUAAGGUCAAUAGCUCUUGGGCAUAUACCGGCAACCAACUUUGUGAUUGUAACAAUGGGGAGCACUGCUGUCUUACUCAUUGGGUGGCGAGCACUAGUGUCUAGCAUUAUUGCCGAAGAGAAAAGUACGAACGAUGAUUCUUACAGACGGGGUAGCCCUUUUGAACUCUUCGAGUUGCUUACGUCGCUGGUAAGGAGGUGGUAAAAUUGCCUGUAUUUGAUGUAUAACUGUAUCAUAUAAUAUGUUUUCAGAUAGGCAACUUUCGAAGUUUUGUACAUGUAGCUAAUUCUGAGGUAAACAAAAGCUAAGUCCAGCAUAGUUUUGCAUUUGUAAGAACUGAUUUUCCACUAUUUGGAAUAAAUUUUGUUUCUGUUGUACUGUGGACAUUUGAGACGUGCUAAUUGAAGCUCAGAACUCGGUAUUGUGAUUUAUUUAAAUUGCUCCAGGUUUCUUCGUGUAACCUACCCAAGGCUCACUGUAUGAGUUGUUUCAAUAUGCAGAAGAACAAUACAUGUAUGGAAUAAUCUGUGAUGUUAGUACACGGAUAUGAAAUUCACUUGGUAA